AUGGCGCUCCUACAACACAAAGCGCUCGCUGAUUAUGCGAAACAACUGGAUGCCUUUGAAUCCUUCUUGAAGAAGUUUGAGACCUCAAAAACAUCUUCAGACGCAGCCGCCGAAGCCAUUGAUAGCCUCCACCUCGAUGGCGAUCAUACAAGCGAUGAAUACGAUUUCAUGGACGACAUUACCGAUGACUCCAACUCCAGGAGACGGCCAAAGAGAAAAUACAUGGAAAUGCUUCAGGAGGUGGCAGACCGCGAGCGACAGAAUAUCCUGGUUGAACUAGACGACCUACAAGAGUUCGAAGAUUCGCUCCCGGGCGACAUAAGCUUGAGACUCGUAGAGUCAGUGACCAACAACACGAAACACUAUGUCGACCUGUUCUCCGAAGCGGUAGACAAGGUCAUCCCAAAGGCCAGCAAGGACAUCUCAUUCAAAGAUGAUGUCCUUGAUAUCAUAAUGGCGCAACGAGCGAAGCGAAAUGAGACAGUCGCAGCAGCCAACGAAGCUGACAGCGACGCAGCCCUUCCUGUCUCGACAUUUCCUCCAGAAUUGACUAGAAGAUAUACUCUGAACUUCAAGCCGUUGACAUCGUCCGCCUCAGAAAGAGCCAAGAAGACUCUUGCUGUUCGACAGGUCCGGGGAGAACAUUUGGGACACCUCAUCACGGUGCGCGGCAUUACUACAAGAGUGUCAGAUGUCAAGCCCAGCAUCCGAAUACAGGCGUACACCUGCGACCGAUGUGGCUGUGAAAUCUUCCAACCCAUCACCUCCAAAAACUUCACUCCUCUGCAGCUGUGCCCGUCUGAUGAAUGCAAAGCCAACGACUCUAAGGGCCAGUUAUUCCCGUCAACCAGAGCUUCGAAAUUCUUGCCUUUCCAGGAAGUCAAGAUCCAAGAAAUGGCAGAUCAAGUCCCAGUCGGCCAUAUUCCGCGAACGUUAACUGUGCACUGCAACGGCAGUCUCGCGCGGCAGCUUAAUCCUGGCGACGUCGUAGACAUCGACGGUAUUUUCUUGCCCACUCCGUACACAGGGUUCAGAGCCAUCCGAGCUGGUCUUCUCACCGACACGUAUCUCGAGGCACAAAACAUUACACAGCACAAGAAGGCAUAUCAGGACCUAAAGAUGGAUCCCCGUAUCAUUCGGCGAAUCGAGUCGUUCAAGGCUACCGGGCAUAUGUACGAGUACCUAGCUCGGUCGAUUGCUCCUGAGAUUUAUGGCCAUCUGGAUGUGAAGAAGGCUCUUCUCUUGCUCUUGAUUGGCGGUGUGACCAAGACGAUGGGCGACGGCAUGCGAAUCCGUGGUGACAUCAACAUCUGUUUGAUGGGCGAUCCCGGUGUGGCCAAAUCCCAACUUCUGAAAUACAUCACCAAAGUUGCGCCUCGAGGCGUUUACACGACCGGUCGCGGAUCCAGUGGUGUCGGUCUGACGGCAGCUGUCAUGAGAGACCCGGUCACGGACGAAAUGGUGUUGGAAGGCGGAGCUCUCGUUCUUGCAGACAAUGGUAUUUGCUGCAUCGAUGAGUUCGACAAGAUGGACGACGGCGAUCGAACGGCGAUCCACGAAGUCAUGGAGCAGCAAACCAUUUCAAUCAGCAAAGCGGGAAUCACUACCACCUUGAACGCGCGAACAUCGAUUCUCGCGGCCGCCAACCCGCUCUACGGGAGAUACAACCCGCGCAUUUCUCCCGUGGACAACAUCAACUUGCCAGCGGCGCUUCUAUCACGAUUCGACGUGCUCUUCUUGAUUCUUGACACACCAUCUCGUGAGGCCGAUGAGGAGCUCGCCAACCACGUCUGCUACGUGCACAUGCACAACUCCCAUCCCGAGCGCGAGGGUGAGGGUGUUGUCUUCGCCCCCCACGAGGUGCGCCAGUACAUCGCGCAGGCUCGUACUUUCAGACCGAACGUGCCCAAGUCCGUUUCCGACUACAUGGUGGGUGCGUAUGUGCGGAUGCGUCAGCAGCAGAAGCGCGAAGAGGGCUCCAAGAAGCAGUUCACCCACACAUCGCCACGUACAUUGCUGGGCGUGCUGCGUUUGUCGCAGGCUCUGGCCCGAUUACGGUUCAGCGAGGAAGUGGUCAAUGAGGACGUCGACGAGGCAUUGCGACUGAUUGAAGUCUCCAAGGCGAGCUUGUACCACGACCAGCGUGCCCAGGGCGACCAGACGGUCAGCUCGCGCAUCUACGAUCUCAUCCGCGGCAUGAGGGAGUCUGGCGCCGCGAGUGUCAGCAGAGGGGCCAGAGGAGAGCUGAACAUGAGGCGUGUGACCGAGUUGAUUCUCGCCAAGGGCUUCACGCAGGAUCAACUUACCCGAACGGUGGAGGAGUAUGAACUUCUCGAUGUCUGGCAACUUGCCAAUAACGGAGCGAGACUGGUCUGGAUCGAGGCCGGCGACAGUGAUGACGAGGAUGACGAUGAUGAGAACAUGGAUGACGGCGAUCAUUCGGAGUAG